AUGGCCGUGGAACUCAGCUGUCAACGAUGUGUGCGAGUGCUUCACAUUGGCAUUAAGCGCCAUGGCUCCGGAAUCCGGCCAAGAUGGAUUGCAAAUAUCAGUGGUUACCACCCGAAGAGCUUUUCGUCGCAAAUCCGGCAGCAACAAGGCGAUACGAACAGUGGAAACAAAAUAAAUGUUAUUAGAAAAGUGAACACCGAACAAAAGUUUGUACCCCACGAGAGCUCCGGCUCGCCUCGCAAUCCUAGUAAGGGCCUCUUCCACCCCUACUCCAGCUCACCGUCCGAAGCUAUCCGACGAAGAGCUGAAGCCAUAAAACACAACGCCCUAUGUCCUCACCCUAGUCACCGAAGAAGUAGGGAGCCACAAUCCCCGUCCGACUCUGAAUCGAGAAAACCCUCCACAGCAGGCCUACAACCUGCACCUGCAGAUUUCGAGUGCAAGUACUGCGGAAUUCCGGUAUAUUGUUCCGAAGAACAUUGGAUGGACGAUUUUAAAGAGCAUUUGAAAGUGUGUGAAAAGCUUCGCCAAAUUAAUACAGAUGAUCACGAUCUGGUGUCCGGCCGGUUCUUCCCGGAGUUCGAGUACCCCGGCCGGCAGGAAGAUGAGAUUGUGGUAAAUAUGACGAACUGGGAUACACUUCUUUAUACAAGAGAAUUUUCUGCAGUCAACGACAAUAGAAGUAUGAGACAGGUAACGAGACUGCUGACAUAUCCCCUCUCUAUUGCGAGCGUGCUGCACGAAUUGAGCCCAUAUAACCACCGAGGCAAUGGAAGGCUGACGAAGGAGGGGUUGCGAAGUUUUAGCGCUCUCCGAUAUACUCUUCAUCCUCCUAGAACUGGCGAAGGACCUGAUAUAUCUGGCCUACGGCUACAUGCCCCACCAGUCCGGCUAUUCGUCCUCGGAGCUCGUGCAGAGUCUUCUCUCCCACGAGACGUCUGGGAACAACUCAGUCACCUUUUUCCACGAGCAACCAUUCACGUAAUCUUCAUCGGUCCAGAAAGCAUGACAAACCGAGACGCCGAAUUUCCACUCCCAGAACGAACACCAGAGAACCCUUUCGGGGGUAUUGUUGAGGCUUAUCUUGGGCCACAAAUGAAAAUCACAACUUAUGUGGAUUAUUUCCACACUAUGCAUGAGGCGAAUAUGUUCCAGCCCUAUGACCCAUACUUCGACUGCUUCAUGCUCUUCCAUCCCGGACUAGGUCAUCCUGCGAGCUCCCACGAAUGGGAACAAACACUACCACAGCUUUUGCAAACGAAAGUCCCCAUUAUAUGCACAGGCUAUACUGAAUUUGAUAUGAAUAGAGAUGUACAAUGGGUAACAGAUAAGUGCCGCGGGGAAUUUGAUAUUCUUCUUCAUCCUGGAGAGAAUGUGUUCCGUAGCUUAAGGUGGGAUUUGAAUGAUCAAGAUCCACAUGACAUCUCUUGCGGAAACUGGGGGAUCUGGGCAUUUAGAGGGAAAAGAUAUGAAGCUAUUACUAAAAACUCUUAA